CCCUCUCUCUCUCUCCUCUUCUCUGAGCACGAGACCAAACCAAAAGUCUCGGAUCUUUCCGAGCAAACCGAAACGUUCAUCUGUUCUUGUUGAUUGAUGAAAAAUCGGCACUUGAGUGUGAUUGAUUCACUAAAAUGUGUGGUCGGUGAUUAGUUUCUCUUCUAAUGAGACGCCGCUCGGCGGCAAGUGUUCCCUCCGAGCAAAUGGAGAAGGGGGCGGGGAAGAACCAGCAGAACCGGCUUUGUUGCUUGGUGUUGCUGUCUGCUUUUUUCUGGAUUUUGCUAUUGUACUUCCAUUUUGUUGUGCUUGGGAAUAACAAUGUCGAUGAAUCGGUGAAGUUACAACCCGGUACCGUCGACAAUGAUUCCCCCUCUGACCUUGUAGCUCGUCAAAAGGCCAUCCCUUCAAAACCUACCAAAUUUCAUGAAGAUGUAAUUGAUGCCCAUCAAAUACCCAUCCCUUUAGAACCUACCCAACGUCAUGAAGAUACGGCCAACCCUUCUCAAACUAGCCAAAAUCAUGUUGAAAAGGAGAAUUUUCCAUUUAUGAGGGCAUUGAGAACUGUUGAGAACAAGAGCGAUCCGUGUGGUGGGAGGUAUAUCUAUGUGCAUGACCUUCCUUCGAGGUUUAAUGAGGAUAUGUUGAAGGAGUGUAGAAGUUUGAGCCUUUGGACGAAUAUGUGCAAGUUCACGACGAAUGCCGGGCUUGGUCCUCCAUUGGAGAAUGUUGAAGGGGUGUUCUCCGAUACCGGGUGGUAUGCGACGAAUCAGUUUACUGUUGAUGUCAUAUUCAGUAACCGGAUGAAGCAGUAUGACUGCCUGACCAAUGAUUCGUCUCUUGCAGCGGCUAUUUUUGUACCCUUUUAUGCUGGGUUCGAUAUUGCUCGGUACCUUUGGGGGUACAAUAUUUCGACGAGGGAUGCGGCUUCACUUGAUUUGGUUGAUUGGCUUAUGAAGAGGCCGGAGUGGGGCAUUAUGGGUGGCAAAGACCAUUUUCUGGUCGCUGGCAGAAUAACAUGGGAUUUCAGAAGACUGACUAAGGAGGAAUCGGACUGGGGCAACAAGCUUCUCUUUUUACCAGCUGCAAAGAACAUGUCCAUGCUCGUGGUUGAAUCAAGCCCAUGGAAUGCCAAUGAUUUUGGAAUUCCAUAUCCAACGUAUUUCCAUCCAGCAAAGGAUGCAGACGUGUUUAUCUGGCAGGACCGCAUGAGAAAUCUAGAGCGUAAGUGGCUCUUCUCUUUCGCCGGUGCACCACGUCCAGGCAAUCCCAAGUCAAUUAGAGGGCAGAUCAUUGAUCAAUGCCGGAUAUCGAAGGUCGGCAAACUGUUGGAAUGUGAUUUUGGUGAAAGCAAAUGUCAUUCCCCAAGCAGUAUAAUGCGGAUGUUCCAGAGCUCCCUUUUCUGCUUACAACCGCAAGGCGAUUCCUACACGCGAAGAUCUGCUUUUGAUUCGAUGUUGGCUGGUUGCAUACCUGUGUUCUUCCAUCCAGGUUCAGCAUACACACAAUAUACUUGGCAUCUUCCGAAGAAUUAUACCCUGUAUUCAGUUUUCAUUCCAGAGGAUGAUAUCCGAAAGAGGAACGUUAGCAUAGAGGAAAGGCUUCUUCAAAUUCCUCCAGAACAGGUGAAGAUCAUGAGGGAGCAUGUCAUAAGCCUUAUCCCGAGGCUUGUAUAUGCAGAUUCUCGCUCUAAAUUGGAGACUCUCAAAGACGCCUUUGACGUUUCCGUCCAAGCAGUUAUAGACAAAGUUACCAACUUGAGGAAGGACAUCAUCGAAGGUCGUAUAGAUGAGAACUUCAUUGAAGAAAACAGUUGGAAGUAUGCUUUGUUGGAGGAGGGACAACGUGAGGUGGGGCCUCAUGAAUGGGAUCCUUUCUUUUCAAAACCGAAGAAUGAAAACGGCGGCGACUCUUCUGAUUCAUCUGCUGAAGCUGCGAAAAAUUCUUGGAAGAAUGAACAGCGAGAUCAGUGAUGACUGGAGGUAACAAUACAGAGUAGGACUUCUACAUGCAAACAACAGCUUAGAACGAGACUUCCUGCUUACAAUCAUGAGCAGGUAUGAAAUCAUGUUGGGGCCUUAUGAUGAAGCCAUCUCAGAAUGUCAGCAUGGCUCAAAUUGUCAAAUCAAAACAUAGACGCGUAUUUUUAAUAUAGAAUAUUUUUUUUUUCCUUGCA